AUGAACCCCCAACAGCGCAUGGCUGUGAUAGGGACCAACAAGGAGCUGAGCGACCUGCUAGACUUCAGUGCGAUGUUUUCUCCACCUGUUAAUAGUGGGAAAGCCAGACCAACGACACUGGGAAGCAGUCAGUUCAGUGGAUCAGAACUUAGAAGGACUCCAGAGUAUUCUGGCCCUGUGGUGUUGGCAGGGAGCCUCUCCGGUGUUAACGGCGGCUUGAACCCCGGGGCAGGCCCUGGUCCUAGCCCGGGCUCGUGGAGCCGCUCCCUCGACCGAGCCCUGGAGGAGGCGGCGGUAACCGGGGUGCUGAGCCUGAGUGGCCGGAAGCUGAGAGAGUUUCCCCGGGGAGCGGCCCACCACGACCUGACAGACACCACCCGGGCGGAUUUAUCACGAAAUCGCCUCUCAGAAAUUCCUAUAGAAGCAUGUCAUUUUGUUUCCCUUGAAAAUCUCAACUUAUACCAAAAUUGCAUUCGGUAUAUUCCAGAAGCAAUUCUAAACUUACAAGCACUAACAUUCUUAAAUAUUAGUCGGAACCAACUGUCAACAUUACCAGUACACUUGUGUAAUUUACCAUUGAAAGUCUUAAUUGCUAGUAAUAACAAAUUGGUCUCACUUCCAGAAGAAAUUGGACGCCUCAGACAGUUGACAGAACUUGAUGUCAGCUGCAAUGAAAUUCAGACUAUACCUUCUCAAAUUGGUAAUCUGGAGGCUUUGCGAGACCUUAAUGUAAGAAGAAAUCACUUAGUACGUUUGCCCGAAGAGCUUGCAGAGUUGCCUUUGAUACGUUUAGACUUCUCCUGCAAUAAAAUUACAUCAAUCCCUGUUUGUUACCGGAACCUCAGACACCUGCAGGUGAUCACCCUAGAUAACAACCCACUGCAGUCACCUCCUGCACAGAUAUGUAUAAAAGGCAAAAUCCACAUAUUUAAAUACCUGAACAUGCAAGCUUGUAAGAUUGCUCCAGACCUGCCGGAUUAUGAUAGGAGACCCUUGGGCUUUGGCUCCUGCCAUGAAGAACUGUACUCAGGUCGCCCUUAUGGAGCCCUUGAUUCAGGUUUCAAUAGUGUGGACAGUGGAGAUAAGAGGUGGUCAGGGAAUGAGCCUACAGAUGAAUUUUCAGAUUUGCCGCUUCGGGUAGCAGAAAUUACUAAAGAACAAAGACUACGAAGAGAAAGCCAAUACCAGGAGAAUCGGAACAGUUUAGUUGUAACAAAUGGUGGAGUGGAACACGACUUGGAUCAGAUUGACUACAUUGACAGCUGUGCUGCAGAGGAAGAGGAAGAUGAAGCAAGACAGCCCCGGGGCCUGGACUCUGACAGCCUCAGCUCACAGUUCAUGGCGUACAUCGAACAGCGGCGGGUCUCACACGAGUGUUCACCAGUAAAGCCAGCAGCCAUUAGGGAGUUUCAAAAACCAGAAGACAUGAGACGAUAUUCACAUCAAAACAGGGUUCCAGUUGAGCCACCUUCUCUCUUGUCACUAUCACCAAGCCACAAUCAGCUUCCACACACAGACUUGGAAGUGCACCGGAGAAGAGAACAGUUGGUAGAACGUGCUCGGAGAGAAGCACAGCUGGCAGCCCUGCAAUACGAGGAGGAGAAAAUGAGGACCAAGCAGAUUCAGAGAGAGGCUGUCCUGGACUUUGUCAAGCAAAAAGCAUCACAAAAUCCACAAAAACAACAAUCCCCGAUGGAUAAUGAGUGUCCCUUCCCACCCAGAAGGUCUCAGCACACUGAUGAUAGUGCCUUGUUAGUGUCGCUGUCAGGGUUGAAUCAGGUGGACUGUGCUGCUACCCUGCCUCAUUCUGCUGCCUUCAUGCCUCUUAAGAGUGAUGACAAACCUAAUGCUACAUCAAGUUCACCCACCGUGGAAACAGCUGACUUAGUUCAUCAUUCCACAUAUUCUUUUCCUGGUGCCACCCAGAGAAAUCAGCCCCCACGCCCCGAGAGCUUCCUUUUCCGAGGAGCUGUCAGGGCAGAAACAAAUAAAGGUCAUGCUUCCUCCCUUCACUCAUCUCCUGCACCUGCCAUGGAUUCUACAGAAUGCAUCACAAGACAGAGAGAAGAAGAGCUGAAAUUAAUAGAUCAGCUACGGAAACACAUUGAGUACCGGUUAAAAGUCUCUCUGCCUUGUGAUCUUGGAGCGGCUCUAACUGAUGGUGUUGUUCUUUGCCAUUUGGCCAAUCAUGUGCGGCCUCGAUCUGUCCCAAGCAUUCAUGUUCCCUCACCAGCUGUGCCUAAAUUAACAAUGGCAAAAUGCAGGCGAAAUGUGGAGAAUUUCCUAGAAGCAUGCAGAAAAAUUGGUGUACCUCAGGAGCAAUUGUGCUUGCCUCUCCACAUUUUAGAAGAGAAAGGUUUGGGCCAGGUUGCAGUGACGGUGCAGGCUCUCCUGGCACUCGCCCCGGCCAAGCAGCAGCAGCAGCAGCAGCUGUCUGCUGUGUAAGGACCCCAGGACCGAGGGUACUGGCCUGGCCACCACACAAGCGGGACACCGUGAUCGCUGCAGCCAGCCAUCCCAUCUGCUUAACCAGAGCUCUUACGUGUUCUAGAAGGGACGUUUCCACGAUUCCUACCGGGAAUGUUUGGCUUCUUUUCUCCAUUUUAGGGGAGGUUAUACCCAUUACCAUUGAUUUUUUUUUUUUAUAAAAGAUACGGUUGGUUUUCUCAAAUGCAGCUUCUCAACAUGGAAGAACCCCCAACAUGGAAGCCCCUGCUAGCUGUGCUUUCCCAGACGCAGGCUUAUUUCAUGUAGCAGAGCGUGGAAGGUGCAGGUAUGCUGUUAUCUUCCCGAGCUCCUGAGACAGCCAGGAACCACUGCUUUCUCACCAGUCAUAUAUGAGAAUCUCUCAAGCAUUUGCAGGUUUGCACUCAGUGGUUCUAGGGUGAGACCUGGAAAUCUGUUGUCUACAUCCUUGCCAGUGGUUUUCAUGUGGAGGCUGUAGCCUCAAGUCAUAUCUGUGUAGGGUUGGGGACACUGCCUUCACUGCAUUUCAGCCACAUUUAAAAUCAAAAGCUAUGUUAGGAUGACUCAGACUAUUUUGUCCGAGGUAAAAUAAUAAUACAGAAAGCCUAGAUUUUGUACAGGUGGGUGGAGUUGUGUCUAAAGCAGUGUUCUGGCCGCACUGCAAUUCCAGUCACUGCUGCCUCAUCUUCCUGCUAUAGAGGAUGGCCCUGGAGCAGCCCACUAUGUCCUCACAUCAGCAAGCACCCCACACACAGGUUCCAAGUCCCCACACUGGUGACUUGCACUCCUCUGCACCAUUUGCACAAUCAUCGCCCCCAAGUGGUCCCUGGGUGCCUGAACCUACAGGCGCACUACAGCCCUCACAGACACUUAGCUCCCUGGCCAGUGGAAGAUGCAAAUGGGACAGAAGGGGAGCCAGGUUUCCUCUAACUGCCAGGUAACCGCCAAUUCCCUGGUGGGGUAAGAGCACAUAGAGCUUCUUAGGAACACUGCUUUCUGUGUCCCCCUCAUGGGCUCCAGCCCCCAAUGCCUUCUCUGCCCAACUGUUGGGAGCAAAAGGGCUGAAGGCCCUUUAUCAAGCUUAAACUAAACAUGGUUUAAACCAUAAGCCUUUUUAGUUGUCAGUGACAGCUUUUGGUGUUCACCACCUUUGUAAACCAAAUAGAGUAAGCAUGCAUUCUAGUUAUGUAGGGAUUUUUCCCUUUAGUUCUAUUCUGGAUUUUCUUUACCAAUACAUGCAUCUGAGCAUACCGUUAGCCCUCUUCAUCACAUAUGUGCUGCAUCUCAAAGUAGCUUUGUACAAAGUCAUUCUGAUUAUCUGGUCAAAGAAUGUUUUCUCUAUGUUCUUGUGAACUUUUCAUUAGAACCUUGCCACCUUGUUCAAGUUUAACGUUAUAUAACAUAAACAUCUGAACUGAAAGCCCAAUCCAUCAAGGACCUCACAGAUUGAAAAUAAAAUGCUUAUAAAUGCUAGAGCCAGACCCACUAAGUUUACAGUUCCAGGCACAUCCACCAACCAUGUAACUUGAUGAGAAUUUAACAUUUUUUUUAACCAGAUAUUUUUCCUUCUAAACAUUAAACCUCAGUAAAAUCUCCAGCUCAUGAAUUGCAUCGUGUGGGGAACAAGUCUAGAAUGCAUUACAUAAUGCAACACUGGCCAUAUCUCACUUUUACAUUGGAAUAAGUGGGAAUUUCAACUUAUUUUAAAUUUUACACUUCAUAUGAAACCUUAAUGUACUUUCAUCAAACUAAUUCAGAUUUGUGUUUGAAUUGUUAGAAAAAAUUUGUGAUCAAUUUUGGCUGAUAGUGAAGAAAAAUUGUCAAAAUAUAUUGAAUUUUUUCUGUAUGUGAAAACAAAUCAUGAUGCUUUUGUUAGAGAAUUUUGGUAUUCAGUGUUUUUUGUGUACCUAUGUAUUUUUUUUUUAAACUGGAACAAUUCCGUUUAACAUUUAGGAUUGCUAGACUCAUGUAUGGUGAACGUGGCCUUGUCACCCUUUUCCUGGUUUGGAGAAAGGACCUUCCAGCACUGACAGCACCAAUACCAACAGGCUCCGUGCCUGGGCCUCCCCUGCCACCUACAGAGAUUUCCUGUCAGCAGUUUCCAGGCCUUCAAAUGCAUCUGCUUCACACUCCAGACGAGCAUUCUCCUUAAUAACCAGGUCUAGAAACUGCUCUGGGAGGAGGUCUGGGUAUCCGGCCAGAACUGGAGGAGGCUUAGCGGGAGGUCACUUUCCUUAACAGCUUCUUAAAAUGCACCACACAGCUAAUCACGGAAUCUGUAAUUUAUCUUGCUUCCUACAGUCAGCAGCGACGAAUCUGAUGAAUUUUAAAAAUGUUAAGUGCUUAAGUGGUUCUAGAAAUGAAGGAAAACAUGGAUAGUAGGAACCCUUUUAUUUAUACAGUGCAGUGAGAUGGUUUACAGCAGAUUUCAUUUUAUUCUGAAAAUGUUAUAAACAUAUAAUUAGUAAAAGAUUAUGUAAAACAUUGUCCUAUAUUUGUAUGUCUGUAAAUAUACUGCAUAAGUUUAAGUAUAAAUAUGUCAAUAUCAUGUGUUAUUUUAAAUUGCCUGUAUGCCACCUUACACAUUGACAUUAAAAUAAAGCCAACACUUAAGUAGCA